UUUCUAUCUCCCACGCUCUCUUGUUUGUUCGACUUCAAAAAGACACAAUGAAGACUUCCGCCGCCCUCGUCGCCGUCGCGGCCACUGCCGCCCAGGCCGCUCUUCAGCCCAUCGUUAUGAAGCAAGCUCUUCUACGAGAACGGAACCCAGUUCUUCAUGAAGGGUGUCGCCUACCAGCAGGACACUGCCGCCGCUGGUGAGAGUACUGGAAGCAGCACCUACGUCGACCCCCUUGCCGACUCGGCCGCCUGCAAGCGUGAUGUUCCUCUUCUGCAGAAGCUGGGCACUAACAUCAUCCGAACCUACGCCAUCGACCCCACGAAGGAUCACUCCGCCUGCAUGAAGCUGCUCGACGCCGCUGGCAUCUACGUCAUCUCCGAUUUGUCCGAGCCCAGCCUGUCCAUUAACCGUGAUGAUGCUGCCUGGGAUGUUGAGCUCUACGAGCGGUACACUGCCGUCGUUGAUGAGCUCGCUCAGUACGACAACGUCGUCGGCUUCUUCGCCGGUAACGAGGUCACCAACAACGUCUCCAACACUGAUGCUUCCGCCUACGUCAAGGCCGCCGUCCGUGACACCAAGAAGUACAUCUCCGACAAGAACUACCGCUGGCUGGGUGUUGGUUAUGCCUCCAACGAUGAUGUUGAUAUUCGUGACGAGAUCACCAACUACUUCAACUGCGGCGAUUCCAGCGACAGCAUCGAUUUCUGGGGCUACAACAUCUACUCGUGGUGCGGUGAGAGCACUAUGGAGAAGUCCAGCUACUCCGAGCACGUUCAGUACUUCAAGAACUACUCUGUUCCUGUCUUCUUCGCCGAGUACGGCUGCAACGAGCCCAACGGUGCCGCUGGCCGUAUCUUCCAGGAGACUACUGCCCUGUACAACUCUGAGAUGACUGAUGUCUUCAGCGGUGGUAUUGUGUACAUGUACUUCCAGGAGGCCAACGACUACGGUCUGGUCAAGAUUGACUCCAACGAUGAUGCUACCAAGCUCAAGGACUACGCCAGCCUGUCCAGCCGUGUCGCUGCCGCCACCCCCUCUGGUGUUGAGUCCGACUCCUACAAGUCUUCCAACACCGCCGCCGCGUGCCCCGACAUCGGUGAGAACUGGAUCGCCAGCAGCGAGCUUCCCCCCACCCCCGACGCCGACCUUUGCACCUGCCUGCUCAAGUCCGCCUCUUGCAUCCCCGCCUCUAGCUUGAAGGUCAAGGCCUACAGCGACAUCUUCGACUACAUCUGCGGUGAGAACGAGUCGCUCUGCGUUGGCAUCAAUGGCAACGCUACCACUGGUAUCUACGGUGCCUACAGCAUGUGCCCCGCUAAGGCCAAGCUCGCCUACGUCCUCGACGCCUACUACAAGGACCAGAACUCCGCCUCCACUGCCUGUGACUUUGACGGCCAGGCCACCACCCAGACCCCCUCCACUGCCUCAUCUUGCGAGGACUCUCUGGCUGCCGCCAGCUCUGCCAACGCCAUUGCUGCUACUGCUACUGCUGGUAGCUCCACCAACAGCAGCUCGGACUCCUCCAGCACCGACGACAGUUUCGGUAACCCUUCCGCCGCCAUCGUCCGCCUCUUCUCCCUGGGCGACUUCGCCGUCGGCGCCUACCUGGUCGCCGCCGGUGCUGUUGGUGCUGGCAUGGUCCUUCUGUAAGCUAAAUGCCAUGGCUGAAAUGGGUUGGAUGUAGAUGGACAUGGAUCGACGGGGUGAUACCCCACUGCUUUGAUACUUGCUUUGCAUUUGGAUCUUGCGUUUUGGUUUCUUGUAUCAAGCAUUGCAGGUGUUGCAUGGCUUAUUGUGUGAUUAGAACAAGGUAGUUUCCGAUGUUUUAAUGCCACUAUGUCGGUGGACACAUGCCGUCUUUUUUGAACAUUUCUUUUUUAUACGGAUUCUGGUGAUUGGAAGUGAGACGCAUGAAUUCCCCUGGGUAAAAGAGGCUCAUUUGUUGGUAUAGUUCAUAUACAUAUUGCGCAGUAGAAAUUUAACUAUCACUGUACUUUGCCCUCUUUGAUUGCAACUGGUUAUUGUAUGCCUUUGAUUUAGAGUAUUGUUAUCCGCACACAUACAGAUUUGGUGCUCCCGCAUUAAUAAAUUAUUUAGAAG